AGUGAAUGUGACCGAUUUACUCGCAGCUAGCUAAACAGCUAGCUACCAUAAUUUACCCAUUUCAAGAACAUUUCUCUCACUAGCAAAGGCUGGUUUGACAGCUGACAUUGGAUGACCGUGUGGCGUUUGACUCAUUCAGUCGGGACCAGAUUCAAUUACUCCGUCUCCGGCGCCUCAAGAGAAAAGCGUCUUCUUGGGUGGGGAACAUAUGCUGUAGCCGGCCACCUCGACUGAGAGCCGGCUGUGCGGUGCACACGCAACCAAGGGGGAUCGAACAGACUGGUGACCCCCUAAACCUACUGCGACUGUCACCCCGAAGGCCGGACACUACUGUCGGGAUCACUAUCGGGAAGAGGUGGAUUGGUGUCUUGUCAAAAAAAAAACGUCAGGAGGAAGAACACGGACAGGGAUACAAACAGCAAAAUUUAGCUAGCUAGCUAGCUAAUGUCACAGUUUUAUGACGAUGGAUACAUUUUUGGGCUUUGGACUUUGUGAAGACAAAUGUCUAGCAACCGUGAAAGGACAGGAGCUCCGAGCCGGGAACAAGGAGCCUCGCCUGCUGACGCUAAUAGAGCGCUCCGGAGAGUACAUGUUGGGUGUUCUAGCCAACCCUGAUGCUGUCGUCACAAGUCCAGUGCCUCAGCUAUCCAUACCCAUUAACAGCCAUUUCCACCUGGUGCGGGAGGCUGAAGAGGCUCUUCUCAUUGAUAUCCCCAUUAACUCUCCCCUGCGUGUGCGGGUGCAAGGUGAGCGCGCCCCAGAGCUGCUGCUGGAGCUGCUGGACGAUGAGCGCAGCCACGCCUUCUUUGCGCAGUUGAAGAGGGCCAAACAGCAAGCUGUGUCGAAAACCCUGCUGCCCAGAGAGAUGGUCCCCCUCACUCCCACACCCCAUGUGCGGCCAGCUCCUGCACCCCCACAGAAAGGCGUCACCAAAGCGACCAGCCCAGUGGUUCCCAGCAGCAAGCCCCCAGUGACUGCCAUGUUCCUUCCUCUGAACCCCAGCAUUGAGCCAAUCCGGCCUAGCACAGCAGACACGAGAGACCCAGCCCUUUCCCUGGCUUCGGACUUUGGCUUUGAGGAAAAUUUCAACCAUGCGCUGAAAGUGGAGGAGAAGAAGAACCUGCAGAACCGUAUCACCCCCUCACGUGACCCGCCUCCGGUGCCCCCUCUGCCACCCCGUGAGAAAUCCCACACCCCCUCCUUCACCCCUCCACCUAGACUGCCCCCCAGGGACAGAAUAAAAGUCCCUCAGGGUAGAGAGGGGCCUGUCCUCACCCCUGCAAAUAAUGUAAGCAGGCCUGCUGUGAAGGGCACCGUGUAUUGGAACAACAGGCCCGCCUCCGGCCCCAUGAGGCGGAACGUGUUCUCCAAUCAGGCCAGCCAGAGGGAGGGGAUUAUCAAACACCGCAUGGUCAGGAAGGAGAAAGAGUAUGUGGACAUACAUGACUAUAGGUUCUUCACAGGCACUUGGAAUGUGAAUGGCCAGUCCCCUGAUAGCAGUCUGCAGCCCUGGCUUUGCUGUGACCCAGAACCACCAGAUGUCUACGCCGUAGGAUUCCAGGAGCUGGACCUGAGUACCGAGGCCUUCUUCUAUCUUGACUCCUCCAAGGAACAGCUGUGGGUGGAGGCAGUGGAAAGGAGCCUACAUCCUAAAGCCAAGUAUAAGCGUGUGCGCACCGUCCGGCUGGUGGGCAUGAUGCUGGUGGUGUUUGUCAACAGUAAGCACAAGAAUCACAUCAGACAGGUGGCAGCUGAGACUGUGGGCACAGGCAUCAUGGGUAAAAUGGGGAACAAAGGGGGCGUGGCAGUGCGGUUUGUGUUCCACAACACCAGCUUCUGCAUCGUGAACUCUCACCUGGCGGCACACGUGGAAGAUUUUGAGCGCCGGAACCAGGACUACAAGGACAUCUGCGGCCGCAUGAGCUUCAGCCUGCUGGAUUACCCCCCACUCAGCAUCACAAAACAUGAUGUAGUAAUUUGGAUGGGCGAUCUGAACUACCGCCUGUUUAUGUACAAUGCAGCCGAAGUGAAAUGCCUCAUCUCCCGGAAUGAGCUGAAGAAGUUGCUGGAGUAUGACCAGCUCAACGUCCAAAGGACGACGCAGAAAGCUUUUAUUGACUUCACGGAGGGAGAGAUAAACUUCAAACCCACAUACAAAUACGACCCCAAAACAGACCGGUGGGACUCCAGCGGGAAGUGCCGUGUCCCGGCGUGGUGUGACCGGAUCCUGUGGAGGGGGAGUGGAGUCAAGCAGCUCCACUACCGGAGCCACAUGGAGCUGCAGACCAGUGACCACAAGCCCGUGAGCGCCCUCUUCAGCAUAGGGGUGAAGGUUGUGAACGAGCACCGGCAGAAGGAGGUCUUUGAGGAGAUUGUGCGCGUGAUGGACAGGAUGGAGAACGACUUCCUGCCGUCCCUGUCGCUGUCUCGAAGGGAGUUUGUCUUUGAGAAUGUGAAGUUUUGCCAGCUGCAGAGAGAGCGCUUCAUGAUCACCAACAACGGGCAGGUCCCCUGUCACUUCGCCUUCAUCCCUAAACUCAACGAUACCCACUACUGCAAGCCCUGGCUGCGGGCGGAGCCCUGCAGUGGCAUCCUGGAGCCAAACGAGCAGCUGGAGAUCUACCUGCAGGUGCUCGUCGACAAGGACACCGUCACCCUGCUGAACUCCAGGGAAGACUCCAUCGAGGACAUCCUGGUGCUGCACCUGGACCGAGGCAAGGACUUCUUCCUCACCAUCAGCGGCAACUACCUGCCCAGCUGCUUCGGCACCUCCCUGGAGGCCCUGUGCCGCAUGAAGAAGCCCAUCCGCGAGAUCCCCGUCACCAAGCUCAUCGACCUGGAGGACUGUCGUGUGAGCUUCCUCCUGGUGGAAGACUCGGGAACCGAGGACAGGCCCUUGAGGAUACCCAAGGAGGUGUGGCUGCUGGUGAACCACCUGUUUACCAAGUCCUGUCAACAGGAGGACCUCUUCCAGACACCAGGUCUACAGGAGGAGCUGCAGAAUAUUAUAGACUGCCUGGACACCAGCAUAACUGACACCAUCCCUGGCUGUAACCACUCUGUGGCGGAGGCCCUGUUGAUCUUCCUGGAGGCCCUGCCGGAGCCUGUGGUGUGCUACGAGCUGUACCAGCGCUGCCUGGAGUGCUCAUAUGACAGCCGCCUCUGCAGACAGCUCGUCUCCCAGCUGCCUCGGGCUCACCGCAACGUGUUCAGCUACCUCAUGAGCUUCCUCAAAGAGCUGCUCAAGCACUCCCACAAAAACAACCUCACUGCCAACCACAUAGCUACCUUGUUCGCCAGCCUCCUUAUCAGACCCCCACCCAACCUGGUUGGCAAGCAGUCGACGCAGGACCGUCAGAGAGCCAUUGAUUUCAUCCUGGGGUUCCUUAUGGGUGGUGACGAAGAGUGAAGGCGGCCCUCAGAACAUCAGGGGGUCACGGCCUGACCGCAUCCCCUGGCAGGGGUGCUGGGGGCAGUGAAAGGCGGCGCGCUUACACUGGGCGUCGGAACACUGCUGACCCGGCAGUGAGUAGAUGGUACGUGGAGAGGGACUGGCGCAAGGUGGCCAGCAGAGGGCGCUGUUCUCCACAGGCACUGUCAGUGCGCUCCCUGUGUUUCUUUCCCAUCGCUUCAGGUCAUUGCCGUGCAGAACUUCCCCCAGAAUCUCCACCCCAAUGCAGAGCUUUGACUAUAUCACGUCUAAAUGGUUCUUCUGCGUUGCUUGCUGACCCAGAAAGGUACUUCCCAGAUAUGUGGCAUUACUGUCCUGUUUGAACAUGUGACCCCACUAUUUCAUUAUGAAAUCCGCACACAUUAGCUGGAUUUUCUCCCUCAAUGAGCCCUCUGUGAUAUGUUUUCACUUGUGAGUGGGCAUGUGUGUCCUUGGGUUCGAAGAAAUUUGCAGUGUAUGACACUAAAGACAGGUUGCAGUAAGGGCUGUUGGGACAAAAAAAAGCUGAACUGAUGCUGCCUGCCAGAUUUUUUUUGUUUACCUUAAUGAACCUUACAAACUGGGAGUGUGUUCUCCUACUGAAUGUGAUUUUGAAACAAGCUGAGACUCCAUCCUUUGACAAAAAGCAUGUCGAGGGAUGUUUCUGAUGGUGAACUUUGAGAUGACUGAGCACUUUGAAAUGGACCAGACAAUCUACCAAUGAGCAUCAAGGUUUUAUGUGCUGCUUAGGACCUGAGGACAGUGAGGGGGUGAUAUUUGAGAGUCGUCAUUGAUUAUGUCAGAGGUCGUAUAAAUUUUAGUUGCAUCCCGUAUGUUAACCCUUUUAUAAUCUUCGUUCUUCUCUCCUUCCUCCUGAAUCCAGUGGAAGACAAUUCAGGUUUCCUAAGUUUAAUGAGUGAGUUGAUCAGUUCUGCGGUUUUCAGUGACCACUUAGUGGUCACAAUCAAAACCUUUCAGGUCUGAAGUCUGCAGCAUGCUUCUCUUUAAUGUUGAGCAUUUUAACUUACAGCUCCGUUACAUCACUACGCAUUACCUGAAUCCCUUAAUCCACUUCCCUGCCAGCAGAAUUACAUUACAUUACAAUUUGCUGAGCAGAUGCUCUUAUCCAGAGUGAAUUGCAUAGCUUAUAGUUUUACGUGUCAUCAAGGAUAUUUACUGAGGCAACUCAGGUUAAGUACCUUGCCCAAGGGUACAACAGCAGUGCCCUACCCUGAAAUGAACCAGCAAUUUUUGGGUCACAAGCCUUGCUCUUUAUUGGGUAAUUUUUUUUUUUCACAGCUGCCAGAAUGAACUAUAUUUUCCGUUCACUUCAUCAUAAUAUAUAUAGCAAAUGCACUGAACGAGAUCAAACACACCUAACUGCAUUAAUAUCUUAGCUGUUGUUAGCGGUACUGCUGCACCUAUUGUUCAUUAGUGGAUAUUAAAGUGUUCUGGCACCUCAUACUCAAUGCUAGAAUAAGCCGGCAUACGGUAUAUGUCAUGCCAGUGGUACAUCAUAUGUUCAGAAAGUGGAAACCUUUAUAGGCUUUUGUUGGUUUGUUCUUGCCAUUGUGUGAUUGCACUGGAAGAUUAAAGGUCUACAUUGUAUAAUGUUAGGAUGUUAGCUCCUGUCAGAUGGUCCAAGGAAUGGAAUGUUACUACUGAUAAGUGAGGACUCACUGUGAUGUCACAGUGACAUCACAGUGCAGCAUUCACUGAUUUUUUUUUUUUUUUGCUGUUGAAAACUCAUUACUAACACAUUGAGAAGGAGAAACUCAUAAAAUGUCUUUUUCAAAACCUUUGCUGUUAACUAGGUCAGUAACUAGGCCACAGCACGAAUGGCUUCUGUUCGAGAUCUCCGUACAGAUUACGGAGAGCAAACACUCAGCCACUCAGCAAUCUACUGUAUGAAACUGUGACCGUCUUAAAUGUUUUUGUUACUUUUGUUAUUAUUUUUAUUUUAUUGU